UCCUCGUCUCUCGUUUCGUUUUGUGGAGUAGAUUCUGGUGGAGCGAGAGAUUGUUGAGUGUCAACAAAACGUUUUGAAGCUGUCGUUCGAGUCGGUUCGAACUCAGAACGCUGGAUCUGUAUAAACAUCUGUAGUUUUCACAAUGGCAGAAUUUUCUGAAGUUAAGACAACACCAGUAGACUCUGUUGUUUUAGAUGAAGGGAAUCUUAAAAAAAGCCCAUGCAAAAUCUGUUUGCAAGUCCAGGCAAAGUACACUUGUCCAAGAUGCAACAUCAAUUACUGUUCAUUGACAUGUUACCAGAGUGAAAAACACUGCUCAUGCUCUGAGGCUUUCUACAAAGAAUGUGUUAUUGAUGAGCUGAAGGAUUUUACCUCCACGACAGAAGAUAGGGAAAAAGUUCUGGAGAUGUUAGCAAAAGACUUGGAAGAAAGAACAAAGGAAGCUUCAGCUGAAGACAGUGAUGAAGACCUCACAGAGAGACUUGAGGGACUGGACCUUGACAGGGAUGUCAGCACAGUGUGGAGUCGCUUGACUGCUAAGGAGAAGGAAGAGUUUGCUCGCAUGCUGCAAGAUGGACGACUGGCAAGACUAAUUGAAGUCUGGACGCCGUGGUGGUUGAUAAAAGCAAAUCAGACGCUCGUGAAAGAAGAGAGAGAGAAGAGAAAGGAACAGAAUUCAAGUUCCGGAGUACCGGAAAUCAUGUCAGACAUACCUGAUAUAUCAAAUAUUUUGAAGAAUUCAAAGCCGUCAGCGAAUUGUCGUUUUGAUGUAUUGAAUCUACUGACGGCUUAUGCUUUUGUUACUCGCCUUCACAACGGUUGCCAUAAUGAAUGCCCUGUAGAUAGCACCCAGGACUUGAUGGACACUUGUUUUGUUUUACAAGGGUCCUGUAGUUGUGGUAGUGUUGGGGAGGCAGUGCAAGCUGCAGUGGACGCAAUAGUCAAGAAGACAAAGGAUUCAGAAAAAUCUAGUAACAAGUUCAACAUAGAUUUGUUGAAAGAUGUAAAGGUCCUCAUAUCAGGUCCUGGUAAAAACAACAACACGUCGUUUAUGUCUGCUGCUCUGUCUGAUGUGAUCGGGAUCUUACUGAAUGCACAGAGUGUUAUCAAAAAAGAAUUACGUGAUAAAAUACGAGAGGGCUGUGAAGAUGUGGGCAAUCUGAAGUCACAGAAGUCGUCAUUGUUCAAGGCAGAGAGAAAAGUGUCCUUUUUACUGAGUUGGCUUCAACGUUAUGGCAUGGCUCUCCAUCAGCUGGAACCCCUGUUGCAGUUUGAGAUAGAAACUCGUGAAUCGGAGGUAGAGGAUGUAGAGGAGAUCAAGUCUGCAGUGGAAAAAAAUCUGGACAAGUUACGGCCUGCCAUCACAGAGGACAAGACAAGCAAAGAGAAUUCCUCUGGGAACUUGCAGGCAAAACUGAUUGUUGAACUGGAUUGAAUGAGUGUUAAGUGCGGACUAUCUGUGAUUCAUGAGGGCCUCAUGUAUAUAUAUAUUAGGGUCUGAGGGAUUUCCGGUGCUGAAAAACAUACUAUAUUAGAAACUGCAUGCUCUGUAGACAUUGAGUCCAUUCCUUUUUCCACACCUUGCUUGUUCAAACCCUUUUGUCCUAGAGACUAGAAAUUUCCCCAGUUCUUAAAAGCGUAGUGUCCCAUCCGGUGGAAGUCUGGCUUCUCACUCUCCAAAAACGUGUUGAAUUUGUCGACCACAGCUGGCAAAAGAAGAGUCCUAAUUUUGUUUAUAUGAGAAUAAAAGACCCCCAAGUGACUGCACAUCUGUGAGGAAAAGAACACAAUGCUCUGUAUAAAAAUUAAAAAUGUUUGAGAAUCAGUGCCACUCAUAAAUUCUUAAAUCCAUCAGUUUUAGUCUCUCAAGUAUACUGUAUACUUGCUAAAAAAUACAUGUCUAAAACAAGGAUUAUUUAGUCCCAUAGUAACUUAUAUAUCAAAUGAUGGGUUAUCUGAUCCACUGAAAAGCAGCUGAUCUUAUCAAAUCCAUGGAGUGGUAAGUGGCAUUCCUAAAGGAUGUUUUGCUACAAAUUACGUCUGCUCAUUCUGAAAUAAUCAGUUGUGGUAACUACUAUUAAGAUAGAUGUUAUGUAGUUUUGACACACUGCAUAUUAGUGUAAUUCAGUAUAUUUGAAAUGGAGAAUUAAGUAAGAGAAUGUUCAAGGGCUAAAAUAUUAUACGGAAAAAAGAGGCCGGUAAGAAUUUACAACACUUCCAACUAGAAAUGGGUGUAUAAGUGCGCAGGACUGAAGUUGGUUGUUUUCACGUUAGUUCAUAGCAUGGCUUGGUUUUACUUUUUGGGUGAAGCUGAAAAUUCAUGGUAGAAAUUGAAUGGUAUAAACAGUCAUUUACCUUUUUAAAAUAGUACUGUCUGCAUUUCUGAUUAAAGACCAUUGGUUUUUAUGAAAUCGAG